UGAAAUGAUGUUGAAAAUUUCCCUUCCCAGUUUGUCAGCUGUUUUUAAGCAUGUUUUCAGUCAAAUGUUUAUUUGUUUACAUUGACCUGUCACUUGAAAGGUUUUUUUUAUGUUGGGACUUGCUAAGAGGCGAUUAACGAAAUUUACAUAACAUUAAAACCUGUUCGGAAGUAACUUAUUAAAUUAUGUUUGUUAUUGGAUGAAGAAUGUUACGUAUACAUUUCUGUGGUCGCUUGGAUAAUCACGGGGCUUUAGUUCGAGAAACGCAUGACGUUUGAAAAGUGUUAACACAUGUUUAUGUCAAAAAUUUGUCCGCCAUGACCUUGGUGUAACGUGUUAUAACUUCAGUUUGGAGAAGUGUAAUGUCUUGAGUGGUUGUCGAGGAUAAGUUCGGGAUGUCUGCGGCCGACGACUUGAGCGCGCCCUUCGAGCUCGCGUCUCCGGCCUUCGCGAUGUACCAGCUGCUGAAGGAGCUGUGCCUGAACAACGCCGAGUUCUUCCGGCGCGACGACAGCGAGGGCGGGCAGCGCCUGCACGCCGGCUUCCUGGCCGUGGGGGACCACGUGGGGCUGGUGGCGCCCCUGGUGCACCGGCUCCGGAGGGUCGCGCCCUCCUUCGACUUCAACUCCAGCACCCCCGGCAACGGCUACCGCAGCUUCAACUCCGUGGUGGACAUGUGCGUGGUGCACGGCGUGAAGCUGUGCCGCCAGAUCUGCGACGGCAGGGACUCCUUCCUGUUCCGCAAGAGCCACUACGCCAAGGAGGUGGAGGCCUGCGGACACCUGCUGGCGUCGCUGGGCUCCUGCCUGCAGCUGCUGCAGACCAUGCUGUCCUGGGGCCGGCCCGGGGAGCUGUUCAGCCCCGAGGCGGAGAACCACACGGCCGAGGAGCUGCUCAGGCACACCGAGGCCAUCAACAUGUACUGCUUCUACGGCCGCUGCCUCGGCUUCCAGUACUGCGAGAGCAUGCAGAAGAUACUGAAGACCAUCUCCAUCAUGAUGGCGUCGUUCAGCGAGCUGUACUACAGCAGGCCGGGCCUGCUCUCCCAGGCCACCGCCACCCUGGUCACAGGGGGCAGGUACCUGCUGGACCCGGAGCUGAGGGCACGGCGGCUGGUCAACAUCUCGCAGUACGCCACCGUGGACUUCUGCAAGUCCUUCUGGCUGCUCUCCGAGAUGGAGCUGCUGGGGCGAGUGCCCGGGAUGGUGUGCCCCGCGGUGGCUGUCAACAAGGUGAUCUCGAUCCCGCCGGAGCCGCUGGAGCACGCCCGGCCAGACGGUUCACGGGUCGCCGUGCCCAUCCCCGACGCCCACAUCGGCACGGCGCCCGUGCAGGCGCGCCUGCUGUCUGCCGCGCGGCGCGAGGGCAUGGAGAUGGGGGAAGGGAGAGACGCCCGCGGACAGCCGGUCCUCCCGCCCUCGUCCGCGCUCGUGAUACACUGCCACGGCGGGGGCUUCGUGUCCCAGAGCUCGCACUCCCACGAGAUGUACCUGCGCGAGUGGGCGUGCCAGCUGGGCGUGCCCGUGCUCUCCGUGGACUACUCCCUGGCCCCGCGCGCCCCCUUCCCGCGCGCCCUGCAGGAGGUGCUGUACGCGUACUGCUGGGCGCUGCACAACGCCCACCUGCUGGGCUCCACCGCCGAGAAGGUGGUGCUGGUCGGGGACUCGGCGGGGGCCAACCUGAACCUGGGCGUGGCCAUGAAGUGCGUGGAGCUGGGCCUGCGGCGGCCGGACGGGCUGUUCCUGGCCUACGUGCCGGUGCUGGUGUCGUUCCUGCCGUCGCCCUCGCGCCUGCUGUGCAUCAUGGACCCCCUGCUGCCCUUCGGCUUCAUGAUGCGCUGCCUCAAGGCGUACGCCUGCCCGGGGGACGGCGCGGGCUCCCCCCGCUCCUCGGCGAGCGGCAAGGACGACACGGAGUCCUUCGAGGAGGUGUCGGAGAGCGACCUGCUGGAGCUGGCGGCCCACAAGAGUGCCGUGUCGGGGGGUGGCUCCGACACGCUCACCACGGUGUCCCUGGCCUCGCUGGGGUCGCGGCCUGAGGCGGACCAGAGCCCUGAGGAGCCCGCGUCUGCGCGGCCCGAGGCGGACGGCAUGCUGGACCGCUACGUGCUGCGCUGCGACACGGACUCGCAGGGCCGCGAGGUGCCCGUGCUGACGACGGAGCCGGGCGGGGACGAGCAGGUGUUGUUCGAGGCGCCCUGCGAGCCCGGCCUGUCCGCCCGCCUGGGCCUCGCCGUCUCCAGCCUCACCAGCAGUGUGGCCAACACGCUGGGCCUGGCGUCCAGCAGGAAGCCCGCCGCGUGCUGGCAGCCGAGGGAACAUACAGCCGGCAGCCGGUCGCCCGUGGCCCAGCUGGAUGCCCUGCACCACCGCAGCCCCUCGGAGGAGUUCCAGUUCCAGGUGCCCAAGGACCCGUACUUGUCCCCGUACUAUGCCAGCGACGACGUUCUGCGCCAGCUGCCGCCCACGUCCAUCCUGUCGCUGCAGCUGGACCCGUGCCUGGACGACUGCGUCAUGUUCGCCAGGAGGCUGGACCGCCUGGGCUGCCGCGUCUCCCUGGACGUGGUGGACGGCCUGCCGCACGGCUUCCUCAACUUCUCCGCGUUCAGCAAGGAGGCGCACGGCGGGUCCAUGCUGUGCGUGAAGCGCAUCCGGGACCUGCUGGGACUGGCGCGGCAAGGGGACGGCGUGCAGUAGCGUGCGUCGCUCCAGAGAGCCCGACACUGCCCUCUGCUGCCGGCACUUCCUUUCAUACUUUGUUCAUUCUCAGGCUUCCAGGAAAAUAAGUCAAGCUUUACGAGAAAGAUUGGGAAUUGUAAAUUUUUAACUUACUAGUAAAAUAAAGUGCAAAAGAAGUUGCUUCCUUGUUCGCGUACGUCGCUGUUGUGCUGUAGAGCAGCUUGUGGGUGGUGUGACCCUUGAGUCGUGUACCUUCAGUCCUGCUGCUGUCACACGGUUAAGUUCGUGGCUGAACGACUUGUCAGGUCGCCACUUUGCUGCUGUCUUCAGACAUUAAUUGAAAUGGAAGUGUUGAUAAUGCCCAAAGACUUUGAACAUACAGUAGCAGCAGUUCUCUAUACGUAUAUAAAUUAUUUUAGACAUCCAAUUAUGUAUUUUAAUUUUACUGUGAGAUUAAAGAUGAAUGGGAGACAGAAUAUAUUUUGAAAAGAGUUCCACCUUUUGAGUCUCUUGACAGCGGUUGAGAUGUGAAGCCCUCCCCACUGUACGCUAUCGUUUCGGAAGUGUUCAGUCUUGUUCCUUGCAGUGUUUGUUUUACACGCUCACUUUCGACUUUCACCCUCUGUACAUUUAAGUAUAAAACUGUUUAAAUAAUUACCUGUGCAUCAGGACUGGCCAUUGGUUCGAGGUUGGCAACAGCGCAACACUGUCAGCAACUGUCUCUCCCUAUUGGGAGCACCUGGCCAGCGCCCGAUGUUUGUCUUACUGUCUUAUUUUAUUCUUAUAUGAUUCUACAUUUUUCAUGUAGAAAAUGUAUACCUAAAAUUAGACUUCUUACCUAAUGUUUUUAUAAUUUUAGUGCAGUGUAAAUAGAUUAAUACCUUUUUUUUAUAACAAUGUUGCUAUUGGCAGACACAGAAAAUAUUUUCACGUUCUAAAUGGAAUCAUGACAAGUUCCCAUAUAUGUAAUAUAACAUUGUACAUCCGUUAACAUUCUUGCAUAGUGAUGGUUAUUAUUAUACAUCAAGAUGUUUGCAGGUAGCCUGAUUAUUUAAAUUUUGAUGGCUUAGAAAAUAUAACAGCUGAAUAAAUAAAAUUAAAAUAUUUUUUCUUCUGUAUCCUUUUUAUUUUUGAUAAUUAUUAUCUAGUUCAUGUUGACUUGUUUUUAAAACCAGAAAAAAAAAAUGUAUAUAUUUUUUUUUGAAACUAGGGAAUGCUAGUUGCAUGAAGUCUAGUUGUAGGCUGAUUAUUAUCACUGAGGCAUUGCCUCGUGAGUCACUUCAUGGUGGGAGGGUUGCUGGUUCAAGUCCAGUCCUCAGAUUGACUUGGCUGCUGUCGUCAUGAAGGGUCAUUUUCGUAUGUCUUUCUCCACAAAACACUUUUUCUUCACGUGCUUCUUUAUGAUGUUGUAAGUAACAAUCACUAUUAACUUAUAUAAUAUUGCUCCCUACUGCACUGUUAGUGUUUGCAUUGCUAUGGUCAAACAUUUUAACUCUUAUUCCACAACUCUCUUCCCAAGAUAAGGUUCUCAUUUGAGUGAAUAAAUAAAUACUUCUCAAUAAGAAUUAUAAAUAUAAAUAUUUCUGUUAGAACUUGUAAAUACUACAUCUGUAUUGGUGUUAUUUAAUAUUUACUAAUGAUGUUCUGUUUUUGGUGUUUCCAAUGUAACAUUGUAUUUGGAAUCACGAAUGAGUUUCUUUGCUGUGAAAAAUAUUUGCAACUAUAUUUUUGAUAUUGCUGGUGUAUUUUUUAUAUUAAUAUGGCAAUUUGAGCUGUCAGGUUUGCAGGUUUUCGUAUUUGCGAUAACAGCCUCAGGCAAAUGUUUCUUUAUUGUCAUCUAUUUACUGUACGUACUUACCUGAAAGGCUGAAGUAUCACAACACCACUCUAGUUACAUUACUGUUUGAAGUGUCGUCAGAAAGCCCUCUAGCCGAUGCUACGCUGUGUGAUGGAGUGCUUUCUGUUUUUGAAGUGUCUGUACAACUACAGUAAGUCCUCGGUUUACGUCGGGGUUACGUUCCUGAAAACCGCGACGUAAAUAGAAACGACGCAAAAUGAGCCAUAUUUCAUGCCACCGGCCGGCCACGGCCCAAGGUCGGCCGGAAGGGGUAGGAGAAAAUGCUGUGUCGUUGCGGGAUACGUGCGAGAUACGUGGGUGGCCGAGCGGGCGGGCUGGUAGUAUUGCAUCACCGCGCGGAGAGCAGCGGAGAGCAGGAAGCGUCCCUCAUGAUGUAUGAUAAGAUAAGGCGGUGAUCGUGUAGCUUACGCUACAUAGCAUAAAUUAACUACCGAAGGAAACAAAGAAUUAUAAACGAAUUAUAUACGGUGUUUUGGUUAAAAUAAAGAUUUACGGUCAUUGUAAACGACGUUAUUGUGAAUCGGCGACAACUUAAAUUGAAACAUGAGUACUCAAACAUUAGCGACGUUAAUCCGAAACGACAUAAAUCGGUACGACGUAAAUAGAGGACUUACUGUAAUUUCUAUUUCGUAUAGUUUUUUUGCUAAGUUAAAAUUUUUUAUUCAUUUUUACUUUUUUAUGUUUGGUUUUUUUUUUUAAAUUCUGAUAUUAAACUAUUACAUUGUGAAUUGAAUGCACUGUGGAACCAUAGCAACUAUGUGAAAGGUGUAAUGCUAAUGGACAAGUCUAAAUGAUUAAUAGGCAUGAGAGUAAGUAAAGGUAAAUUAGUAGUAACAAGUAGUUAAUAAGUUGUACAUACUCAUUGUUAAGAAACUUGCCCCAAUAGGAGGGUCCAAAUGUUCAGAAUUUCAAACAUAUAUUUAACUUAAAGAGAAAAAAUGAAAGCUUUUUUUAUACAUUUGGCUGGUGAUAAAAAAAGGGGUUUGUUUGUAAAGUCUGUUUACAGACGAUAAUUUAACGUGAUAACGUAAUAAGAAAACAUUGAUGAAAAAUUGCAUACUUUUUAAUUUUCAAAUAUUAUUUACAGUUUUUGCAAAUUUAGUUUUAAUAAUUUGUUUAAAUAUAAUCACAAACAAUUAAGUUAUAGAAAUAAACUGAAAUCAAAUCAAUGUCAAUAAAUUGUUAAUUUGAAAUGAGGAAAUUGGACAAAUAAAUAAAAAUUUUUAAAUUGCUGCUUUUAAAAACCCGCCUUAACCUGUUUGAUAUUUUUUCUCGCACGGCGGUUGGCCGGUUCUUGCACGCUCGGCUCAGGCGGAACGUGACAUUGAGUCAUGCUUUUUCGUGCGUGCAGCCGGCGUUUAUCGAUUUAUGAGACGUUAUCACGUCAAAAUGUCUAUCAGAAAAUAAAUGUUUAGGAUAAAUAAAUAUUCUAUUGAGACGUGGUUGAAAGGUAUUCCUGGCUGUGAGCGACUGCGACGUGGCGUAGCUCGAGUGUUCGCUGGCAGCCAGUGGUCCGCGAGCAAGCACGGCUCCCAUUGGCCGGUGUGUGAGGACCCAGACCAGCCGGGUCGUGUCGCGACGUGCCGUGCAGGCCAGAGGUCUCGCGAGCUGUUGACGUGUCGCGCCGGCUCUGGAAGCUCCGUGCUGAUGUCUUCACCUUGAAACUACAUUUGCGAUUCCUCACUGAAAAUAACAGUUUAGUCAGUAGUUACCCUACUGCUCAUAUAUUGUGGCAACUACAAAAUAAUUUCUCUAUGUCAUCAAAGUGACUUAUUAGCGACAGCAAACUAAAGUCGCCUGUGAUGACCGGUUUUGAUGUUUUGCGGUGUUUGAAACUGUUGAGAUGUUUGGUUCCAGCUUGCAAGACUUCUUGUCCACACUGCAGUUGGAUGUUUUUCAGAAAGUAAAACAAUAAUUUAACUUUAUUUUUGUAUCAAUGUUCUCAAACAUAAUUUGUUUGUUAAAAGAGAAAAAAAAUUAUUCUUGGAGUUUCUCAAGGAAUAAGAAAAUAUUUAGACUUAACAAGGAAAUAUUCUUAAGAAGUGUAUUGUAUUGAAAGACUUCUUUAUGUUUUGUAUGUUAAAUUGUCAAUGUACUGUUUUAAAUAUUCCAACUGUAAUAUAUAUUCUUAGAAUGUAUGUAUUAAUUUUUUUUACUUCCAAGUAAUUUUUUUAAAGAGCCUAUAAUAAUUUUACUGUAUUAGUUGGGACUUAAUAAUUACUCUCCAAUUAUAUACACAAAUAAAAUGUAUAUUCCUUGAAAAACUGUUAUAAUUUUUUUUAAUGCAGUUUAUUUUUAAUGAUGUUAAUUAUAAAUGCCAAUUUGUUUAAAUCAUUGCCUUUCAAGAAUUUGGAACCUAAUUUUUGUAAUAACACAGCAGACGCACGUCUGAAUACCAACAGAUUGAACGACCAGUGCAUCACUGACUUUAACAGGCAGUUAAUCAUUUGCUUAAUAUUAAAUGAUAACUAAAAAUGAAAAGCCCAGAGGGGGCAGGGGGGAACAAACUGUGACGUUAACAUAAAAAAUUAAAAAUAAAGACAAACACACAAACCUGAUUGGCGAACGAGGCACGGUACACUGAGCAUGAUCUACUUACUGUUCACUCUCGCAGGCACCAUCAAAACACAGCAGAGGCAAACACAAUUUUAAGAACACAUUGUAUUAUAAAAAGGCGAGAACUAUCACAUCUCAUUGUGCUCCAAAGAGCAACACACAUCAUUUAAAUGAUAUAAAUAAACCACAGGAAUAUUUAAAUCAUAUUCAAGUGUGAUUUCAUUUUCAUCGAAUAUUACUUCAUAUACUCGCAUAAGAACUAGUGAUGGGUCGUUCGUGAACGAUUCGUACAAAAAGAACGAAUCUUUGAGAGAAUGAAAUCUUGCGAUUCGUUCGCGAUGUAAAGAACCGGCUCUUUGAGAGCCGGUACCUUGAAAGAUUCGGGAGAACGAAAAUGCGGAGAGAACGAGAUGAGAGAACCGGCCACGCGCCCGGUCUGAUUCGUUCGUGAAAUGAUUCAUGACGUCAGGAGUCUGAAGAAUUAGUAAUCACAGCGUGCGCAUGUUCACAAGAGCAAACGAUAACUGAUCAAAUAAAAUAGGGUAACAUGAAAAGUAUCUAUACCUGAAAAUGUCAACUGUUAAGUAGUGGUUUAAAUUUGCUUUUUCACAUUCACAUACACAAAUUUGGAAAUAAAAAACUAAAAAAAAAAAAACCGUAUGAAUUAAAAAUAACAGGGAAAGUAACUACAAAUGUUCACACUUACCAUUUUUGGGUUAAUUAAUGUACAUCAUUUGUUUCUCUUCACAGGGCCGGAACUAGGAGAUUCGUUAGGGGGGGCAAAGCCUAAUUUGCCGCCGCCCCCUCCUUACCAACAUUAUAAAAUACCCUUUUUCGUUAGAAGCGGUGGUUGAAAUGAUACCAUUCACUUAUACAUAAUUGAGAACCUUUAUUUAUCAAGUACUCUAAUUGGAAAACUAAUACAAUUACAUUUUUUAUUAUAAUGAAAUAGACUGUUAUCAAACUAUUGUUUAU